AUGUCCGUUUCCGAAGGACAGCGCCUUUUCGGCACCGGCAAACCACCGGCACCUCAUCGUAUACUGCGCGCGGGUGCGCUGGAUGUGCGGCUGGAAAACGGAAAUCUGAGAUAUGUGAAAUUCGGCGGCGUCGAAAUUCUGCGCGCUGUCUCCUAUGUCGUCCGCGACAGGGACUGGGGAACGCUUGAACCGGCAAUGACGGAUCUGGAAAUCGAGGAGGAGCCCACCGGUUUCCGCAUCACCUAUCAGGCGACGUAUGAGAACCAGGGAUCGCUCCUCACGGUGGAGACCGAAAUUUCGGGCGAAAGCUCCGGCACUGUCGAAUUCGUUGCAACAGCAUGCGCGGACCGGGAUUUUGAAACCAAUCGCACCGGUUUCAAUAUCCUGCAUCCAAUAGAGGGUGUUUCCGGUUCAAAUGUCACCGUCGAGCAUUGUGACGGCUCACUAGAAGAAACCGUUUUCCCCGAUUUGAUCGAACCUUGGCAGCCGUUCAAGUCAAUACGCGCCCUGACCCAUGCGCCUUGCAAUGGCCUCAGGGCGACGUGCCGCAUGGAAGGGGAUGUCUUUGAAAUGGAAGACCAGCGGAACUGGUCCGAUGCAUCCUACAAGACCUAUGUCCGUCCGAUUGAAUUGCCCUGGCCUUACCGGAUACCCGCCGGCGAGACGCACCGGCAGGCAGUUAGCCUAUCGAUCACGUCGCAGGAACCGCGAGCGGCUCCCGCGCGCCAGAAUGUGGAUGUGGUCGUCAUCGAACCCGGCCCACCCAGCGAAAUCGCGUUCCCGACGGUUGGAUUGCUCGUAUCCCCCGAGGAUGCUGGACAGGCCAUCAGGACAGCCGAGCUUCUGGCGCGUGUCGCUCCGCACGCCAUCCUCUGUCACAUCGACCCCACCGCGGGACACAAUAGAGAGGCGCUCGAGGAUUUCAGGAGACUGCAGGACGAGCUACACCUGCCGUUCGACUUGGAGUACGUCGUCGGAUCAAGAACGAAGCUGGAAGAUGAGUUCGAGCGUUUGCGUGACAGCGUUGCCGGGUCAGGACUUGUUCUGAGUUCACUCGCGGUUUGUCCGUCUGUCGACAGGCAGUCGACACCGCCGGGAAGCAAGUGGCCGGACUGUCCGCCGCUGCAGAGCGUGUACGAGGCGGCCCGGAAGUUCUUUCCCGAUGUUCCCUUGGGAGGCGGGAUGUUCAGCUAUUUCACGGAACUGAACCGGAAGCGUCCCCCCCUGGAUCUUCUGGAUUUCGUGACCCAUGCAACGAACCCGAUCGUCCAUGCGGCGGACGACAUCAGCGUCAUGGAGACACUGGAAACACUGCCUCAUAUCACGCGGUCCGCGCGCGCCAUCAUCGGGAACCACGCUUCCUACAGGAUUGGCCCCUCCAGCAUCGGGAUGCGCCAGAAUCCUUACGGGUCGCGCACAUUCGAAAACCCCGACGGAGACCGGAUCUGCAUGAGCCAUGACGACCCGCGUCAACGCGGUCAGUUCGCCGCGGCCUGGACGAUCGGAUAUGCGGCGGCAAUCGCUUCCGCCGGUGUCGAAAAGUGGGUGCCGUGUUCAUUUGCAGGCCAAAGGGGACUUGUGAGGCAGGAGGAUGGAGCCCUUCUGCCGGUUGGCCGGGCCGUCAGUAGGCUGACGCGACUGCGCGAAAAACGUUUGCUUCAAUGCAGCAACACCGCCCCCCGCCGGGUUGCGGCACUUUGCGUCGACGCUGGAGCGCAACCGGACUUUUUGAUUGCCAAUCUUACGCCAGAGCAAGUUCAGGUUGACUGCCGAAAGCGUGUGAGCCUUAAGCCUUACGAAAUCCUGUGGCUAUAG